UUCUGGGGUUUUGGAUGCUCCGCCAUGGCGCCGGGAGAUCGAUUGCGGCGCAGGGUUGGAUUCGCAGUCGGCGAGGUAUGUGCAUUUGCGCCGCCAGGGCCAGCGACAGCCGCGAGCUGGUGGAAUGCGUCGUCGAUCCAUCCGAGACGAUGCAUCCCGAGAGGCUGCUGCUGCUGCGGACGCGGCCAUUCCUCUACAAGAUCAUCAACGUUCUCAACAAGCCAGAGCUCGUCCCCAGCCUCAAGGAAUCGCUCAAGGUGUGGGAGGGAUUCGUGGAUCCGUUGCUAGUCGGGGAGGCGCUCAAGCACGUCGAUAGAGGCCACGCCGCCCUCGCGUUCUUCAACUGGGCGGCGACGCAGCCGGGAUUCAAGCACAGCACCUACACUUACAAUUGCCUCAUCCGGUGCCUGGAGCUCGCGGAUUGCCAGGUGAUCGUCUACGACAUCUUCCAGAGGAUGCUCUACAUCGAUCUGGCUCCCACCUCGUUCACUUUUGACGUGACGCUGCGAUCGCUGGGAAGAACCGGCGAGCUGGACAAGCUCAAGGUGGUGUGGUCGGAGAUGAAGAAGCUCAAGCUCUCGCCGCAUCCCAGCACGUAUGAGUCGAUCCUCCACUGCUACUGCAAGAACGGGGAGGUCGAGGAGGCCUAUAAGAUCUUCUCAAGGCUGAUCCAGUGGCCGGAGCCGAUAUGCUUCCCACACCUCUUCUACAACAAGUUUAUCGGGCUCCUCACGCAGACCCACAACGUCGGGACCGCCUAUCUCGUGUUCCUGGAGAUGAUCGAGAGUGGCUACGAGGGCAACGUCGACACGAUUGGAAAGCUCGUCAUCGCCCUUCACAAGGCUGGGAGGCACUUGAGCGCUUGCAAAGUCUUCGACGAGCGCGUGCGGAUGUUCCAGACGGCUCUCACGGGAAGGCUGGGCGUGCCAGGGGACUCCAUCGCGGAUCACUAUCUCUAUCACGCUGAGAAGACAAAGAGGCUGUGGCGAGCGGCGGUGCUUAGCACCGAUCCCAGGAAGAAGAGAAGAUAUGGUGGCCCAACUUGCCUUAAGAGGCAUGGAUACUGAGAGUUCGAGUUGGGGCACAAAAAAGAGUUCGUGGAGAUUAUCAAAGAUCUCGCUGUGGAGAAGAGCUCCGUCCUUCACUCUUCGAGGUCCAGCUCCAAGCUCCACAGCUCCAAGGGGUGCUUGGCGGUACAGAGAGCUGAGUUUCUGGGACGUGGUUCAAAGGGCAGGAGUUCCAGCCAGCUUCAAUCUUCUACAGCUCCAAGGGAUAGAAAGAGCAAGAGCUAUGGAACAGCUCCAUCCGGGAACAGGGGUGCUUGGUGAUAGAAAGAGCUGUGGAGUUGAUCUAACAGCUCCAUCCAGGGACGUGGUUCUCAUCAUAAGAAAGGAGUUGCAGCCAGCUUCAACCUUCUACAACUCCCAGGGUGCUUGGCGAUAGAAAGAGCUGAUGGAGCUGAUGGAACAGCUCCAACCAGGGACGUGAUUCGGAGUUCCAGCCAGCUUCAAGCUUCUACAGCUCCCAGGGGAUCAAAAGAGCUAUGGAGCUGAUCGAACAGCUCCAUCCAGGAACAGGAGGAGUUCCAUCCAGCUUCAAGCUCCCAGGGGUGCUUGGCAUAGAAAGAGCUGUGGAGUUGUUCGAACAGCUCCAUCCAGGGACGUGGUUCUCGCCACCAAAACGGAGGAGUUCCAUCCAGCUUGAAGCUUCUACAAGCUCCCAGGGGUGCUUGGCGAUAGAAAGAGCUAUGGAGAGCUCUCAAAAAGGAGGAGUUCCAGCUUCAAGCAUCACAGCUCCAGAGCAAGACUUAGAAGAUGUCUUCUGGCCGAGGAGGCUGCCAUGGAUCUUGUUUGCCGGUGUCCAGUGCUAUUCCGAACAAGUUGGCCGGGCAACAAAAGAUGAGCUCCAGCUUCUUGCUGCCGCAUCCUUCGAGCUCGCCAAGCUUCAUCUCUCUGGGAAGGCUGGCCAGCGGCAGCGGCGUCCACUCGCCACGCUCGCGGUUGAAGUAGUGCAGCGGCCACGACUUGCGCGCGAUCUUGCUCCUCUCGCGAAACGCCGCCAUGAGCUCCUCCACGCUGGGCGCCUCCCGGAAAUCGAUCGAGUGCCGAGUCUGGGAAACCGCCAUUGCUUUCGGCGGCUUGCCGAGCAGCUUGUGUCCGGGCAUGUCGAUCCACAAGUCCUGUAAAGCUCCUGGAAGAAGAACAAGGUGAGAGAAAAAACCAGUGUUCUUCGCCAAAGAUCCUGCUACCUCGAAGCGAGCUUUCUGGGCAAUAGACUCUUCGUAGGACUUUUUGGUUGUAGAAAUCGGCAUCUUCGAUUUCCUCUUCAAGCUCGCUCUCGAUCGCCUCGAGUUUUUUUGGA